CUGAUUUCACAAAGUACAAAUGAAAUCCGAUCUAAUCCAACCGCUCAAAACACACAACUAAAAAAGUGUGUGUCUGUGAAGAAGCCCAACCCAACCUCAUAAAAUAAAAAUAUAAAUACAUUAUGAUAAAAUUAAAAAAAAAAAAUUACACUUUAGCGUGCGUUCUUCUUCAGAAAAAUUCGAUUCGAGGGUUUGCAAUUGCUGCUGCAAUUGGCCACAUUUGUGCUCUAAUAAUAUUUUAAUGGCUUUGAAAUCGAAAUUGUAGAAUGAGCGUCGCUCCGGCUCUAGCUCCCUCUUCCACUCCCAGCUCCAAUCACUUGGUAAUUUUGGCUUCGGCGGCCUACUACUCUUCCUUCUUCCACUGUAAACUGUAAAUUCAAAAAUAUAAAAAAUUAAAAAAAUUAUAGCAAAUGUACUCGAGCAAUUUGAAAGGCUUCAUACUGGCUGUGGUCUCAAGCGCCUUCAUCGGCUCCAGCUUCAUCAUCAAGAAGAAGGGUCUCAGGCGUGCCGGCGUCAAUGGUCCUCGUGCCAGUGUCGGAGGAUAUGGGUAUCUGUUAGAGCCCCUAUGGUGGAUAGGAAUGAUAACAAUGGUUGUUGGAGAGAUAGCCAAUUUUGUAGCAUACAUUUACGCCCCUGCUGGGCUUGUGACGCCGCUUGGUGCAUUGAGUAUCAUUGUUAGUGCUGUUUUAGCGCAUUUCUUGUUAAAGGAGAAACUCCAGAAAAUGGGAAUGUUGGGGUGCCUUUUAUGCAUAGUGGGUUCGACUGUGAUUGUACUCCAUUCACCCCAAGAGCGUUCUCUCAGUUCUGUAGAAGAAAUCUGGGAGUUAGCAAUACAACCUGCAUUUCUUUUGUAUACAGCCUCGGUGGUGGCUGUAACAUUAGUCCUGAUAUUGUAUUGUUCUCCCCGCUAUGGACAAACCAAUAUACUGAUUUAUACAGGAAUCUGCUCUAUGAUAGGAUCAUUAACAGUCAUGAGUGUAAAAGCAAUUGGCAUUGCUAUAAAACUCACAUUAGAGGGUACAAACCAGCUAAAAUACUUCCAAACAUGGAUUUUUGGAAUGGUUGCGGUUACCUGCAUCAUCACUCAAUUGAAUUAUCUAAACAUGGCAUUGGAUACUUUCAACACAGCAAUUGUUUCUCCUAUCUAUUAUGCUAUGUUCACCUCUUUUACAAUAUUUGCCAGUGCAAUAAUGUUUAAGGAUUAUUCUGGUCAAAGCGUGACCAGCAUAGCAUCAGAACUUUGCGGGUUCAUCACUGUGUUAUCUGGGACUGCUAUAUUGCAUAGUACACGAGAGCCAGAUCCACCUUUAAUUACAGAUUUGUACACACCAUUAUCUCCCAAGGUAUCAUGGUACAUCCAAAGUAAUGGGGAAUGGAAGCAGAAGGAUGAGGAUGGUUCAACGCCUAAUUUCAUCACAAUUCUUCGGCAAGACUACUUCAAGUAAUGGAAUAUGCUUGAGACACUAACUUCUUGGUUGCAGCUCAUGAUUUCAGUGUCCAAAGGUCACCCCAAUUUCAUCACAUUUUUCCAGCUUGAAAACAAGAGAGAUGCUUCGGACAGUGAAAUUGCUCAUGAAUGCAAAAAUCAAACAAUGCCAUUCUGCUGAGAUUUUUUCAGCUUACUAUUCAAAUUUUGAGUGAUGUAUUGCGCAAUUGUCAAAUAGCAAUGGUUUUAGGGAGUGAGUUCUUCAUUUUUCAUUUUUAUAGACAAGGAUCCAUCUUUGGAUGAUCCAUAUCCGGCUUAUAGCUUUGUAAUUUGAUUUAAUUGGUUUAUAUAAUUUAAUUCAAUCGAUUUGCUUA